AGAGAAAAUAAGAAAAAUGUUGAGUUACAAUUAAGUAUUUUUCCUCUCUUUCGUUUAUUUUGGUUUGUGAAUUUCACCUUCGAGAAACCAAAAUCGAUUUUCAGUUCGCAGUUCAUCUCUUCUCUCACUCUCUUCUCCCACAGCUCAAAAAUCCCAAUAAUCACUUUUCUUUCCCCUAUUUUCAUCUCUUUCUAGGGUUUUCAUUUUGCUCUCAAUUUGCUGUUGCUCUGUUUCGGAUCGUAAGCUUGUUGAACUUGCUUCAAAAGCUCCUGCAGAUUGAAGCUGCAACUUGGAAACCCAAAUUUUCGGCUAGGGAAGAGCUAUGGAUGCUGAUUCGUGGACUGCUCGCCUUUCUUCUGCUUCUAAGCGCUACCAAUCUGCUCUUCUAUCACGAUCUGGUUUAGCUCAUCAUUCAGGUAUGUUCAUGGGGUUUGAAGAACUUGAAGGGGAUGAUGAUAUAAGGGAGGAGUUCCCAUGCCCAUUUUGUUCAGAAUAUUUUGAUAUAGUCGGAUUGUGCUGUCACAUUGAUGAAGAGCAUCCUAUCGAGGCUAGGAAUGGGGUUGAAUCAAUUUCAAGCUAUACUCAUUCACCCCAGGUGUGUCCAGUCUGUGAAAUGAGGGUGGGAGUUGACAUGGUUGCGCAUAUAUCCCUGCAGCAUGGAAAUAUUUUCAAGAUGCAGCGUAAGAGAAAAUCUCGUAAAGGUGGUUCACACUCAACACUCUCCUUGUUGAGGAAAGAGCUUCAAGAAGGAAAUUUGCAAUCUCUUUUUGGGGGCUCUUCAUGUUUAUUUACCUCCUCCAAUGCAGCGCCUGACCCGUUGCUGUCAUCGUUUAUUCUACCAUUGGCUGAUGACUAUGGCAGUGUUCAACCUCACAUGUCGGCUGAAACAAGCUCGGUGAAGAGUAACUCUCAAGACAAAUCAUUAGAACGGAGCAUCCCAUCGCCCCUGUCCGUGCAGGAUAAAGAAGAGAAAACGAAACGCUGCGCGUUUGUUCAAGGGCUGUUAAUGUCCACCAUCCUUGAUGAUAAUUUAUGAGUCCUUGCACACAUCAAAGUUGGCUGCUGCAAUAGUGGAUGUAAAAUUCACAAAAGGCCCUCCUUGGUUUGCUUGUAGCUCUCAAAAUACUAGUAUGCUUCAAUGAGAGUGUCAAAAUAAGGUGUAGUGUAAUUUAUGUUGUUUGUAAAACACCAGUUCUUAGGCCUGACAAGACUUCCAUUUCCUGUUUUAAAUUUAUGGUCAUGCUUAAGUGAAAGAGGGGGAGAGAGAAGAAAUUUAAACUCCCUUGUACCCCCCUCAAAAAAAAAAAAAAAAAAAAAAAAAAAAAAAAAAAAAAAU